AUGGCCUUCUACCCUCUGCAAAUUGCUGGUCUGGUGCUCGGGUUUCUCGGCCUGGUGGGGACUAUGGCCACCACUCUUCUGCCUCAGUGGAGAGUAUCAGCUUUUGUUGGCAGCAACAUUAUUGUUUUCGAAAGGCUCUGGGAAGGGCUUUGGAUGAACUGCAUCCGCCAAGCCAAGGUCAGGCUGCAAUGCAAGUUCUACGGUUCUCUGCUGGCUCUGCCACCGGUGCUGGAGGCAGCCCGGGCGCUCAUGUGCGUGGCUGUGGCUCUCUCCCUGAUCGCGCUCAUCAUUGGCAUCUGUGGCAUGAAGCAGAUCCAGUGCACGGGCUCCAGCGACAGGGCCAAAGCCUACCUUUUGGGCACGUCGGGGGUCCUGUUCAUCGUGACGGGCAUCUUGGUUCUGAUCCCCGUGUGCUGGACAGCCAAUAUCAUCAUUCGGGACUUCUACAACCCAGCCAUCCACGUAGGGCAGAAGAGAGAACUAGGAGCAGCACUUUUCCUGGGCUGGGCGAGCGCUGGAGUGGUUUUCAUCGCGGGGGGGCUGCUCUGUGGGUAUUGCUGUUGCAACAGAAAGAAGCCGAGACUCGGAUAUCCCGGCCUUGGAUACUCCGUGCGGCCCCCAGUGAAGCCAAGAAACGUGCCAGUGCUCAGUAAGCCCACCACUAGUUAUGUCUGA